GCUCAGGCGUGACCUGCCUGUUGACAGUCCUGUUUGGGGGGAGGCUAAACCGAAGGGAGAGCGAGCGAGAGAGAGAGAGAAGCAGGCGGGUGGACGGACGGACGGUCGGUCGGACAGGCAGAGCCGCGCCGGAUUCAGAAGACUGAUUCCCGAAUGGUGGGCAGGCCAACUUCACAGGACGCAGCUUAGCAGCCAUGGCGGUACCAUUCCGGAAAGAGUUAGAGAAAUACAAGAAUAUCAACGAAGACGAAAUUCUCAGCAAACUCUCAGAGGACGAGCUGAAACAGCUGGAAAGUGUUCUUGAUGACCUGGAUCCAGAGAAUGCACUCCUGCCAGCAGGCUUCCGGCAAAAAGACCAGACCAACAAAUCUGCCACUGGACCCUUCGACAGAGAGCGGCUCUUGUCCUACUUGGAGAAACAAGCCUUGGAGCACCAAGACAGGGAAGACUUUGUCCCUUUUACGGGAGAAAAGAAAGGGAAAGUAUUUGUCCCCAAAGAAAGGCCCAUAGAGACCCGCACAGAAGAGAAGGUGACUCUGGAUCCAGAAUUAGAAGAAGCCCUGGCCAGUGCUUCCGAUACUGAGCUAUACGAUCUGGCAGCUGUUCUUGGGGUGCACAACCUGGUCAACAACCCCAAAUUUGAUGAGGGAACCACCAGUAAAGAUGGUAAAGCAAUUGUGAAAAAUGUGGUCAAAGGCGAAAAGGUCAAGCCGGUUUUUGAAGAACCUCCAAACCCAACCAAUGUAGAAGCCAGUUUGCAAAGGAUUAAGGCAAACGAUCCUACGCUCCUGGAAGUGAAUCUGAACAACAUAAAGAACAUCCCAAUCCCAACACUGAAAGAGUUUGCGAGAGCUUUGGAAACCAAUUCGCACGUGAAGAAAUUCAGCCUGGCAGCUACGCGGAGCAACGAUCCCGUUGCCAUUGCUUUUGCUGAUGCAUUAAAAGUGAACAAGACAUUGAAGAGUCUAAAUAUAGAAUCCAAUUUCAUCACCGGGACGGGAAUCCUUGCCCUGAUUGAGGCCUUAAAAGUGAACGCGACACUGACAGAGAUCAAAAUUGACAAUCAGAGACAGCAGCUUGGCACGGCCGUCGAGAUGGAGAUGGCCCAGAUGGUGGAGGAGAACUCCCAGAUCCUCAAGUUCGGAUACCAGUUUACAAAGCAAGGUCCAAGAACAAGGGUAGCAGCAGCCAUCACAAAAAAUAAUGACCUAGUGCGCAAGAAACGAGUGGAAGGAGAACGCCACUAGCCCAGCCUCUGUGGACACGAGUCAGCUGCCCAUCAAAGAGAACGGGUCAGUCAGAAAUCUCAGAAAACUCACUACUCUGAAGGGAAGACACUGGAAAGCCUUUAGAAGAAGACUGCUCGUGCACCAUGGUUCUCAUUCUCUCCUUUUAAACACAACAAUCAAGUCUGCUUUCCUUUUAAAACGUUCAUCUAAAAAGACAACACACACAGUUUGGAUUGACUGGUGGAAAGCUGGCGGGCGCGCUGCUGCGCGAGUCAGACGGGCUUUGCUGUGGAACUUCCGAAACCACGACGAGCCUUUCUCGGUCCUUUCCCCCCUCCCUCCUUUUAAAAACAAAAACGAGUUACAAAGGUGCUAGAUAUAAAAAUGGGGUCCUUCUGAUGUUGAGCCUUACUAAGUAGGAUAGGUCUUUCUCGGGCAAGUCGUUUAGCUAAAUUCCGCUCGUGCAAGGGAGGGGCGGUCAGCGCAAAGAAAAAACGUGCUGGGCUGCAUUCUUGGUUUCUGGUCCGGCAGUCUACGGCCACACCUCUGAAUGCGGGUUGCCCUGAUUUUGGUGCUGAAAACUGACAGCUGGGUGUCAUCCCCUCCCCUCGUAACUAACCUGGGGCACAAUCCACUGGGAAAUUCUCACACUCAUCGAGCUGCCUUACAGGGAAUCAGGACAUUGGCCCAUCAAAGCCGGCGUUGCCUGCUCAGACUGGCAGCCGCUGUCCAGCGACUCAGGUGGAGGCCUUUCACGUGACCUACUGCCUGGUCCUUUUUCACUGGAGAGGCUUGGGGGUGUCCAAGCAAGCCCGUUUGAACCGAACGAGAGCAGCCCUGUGGAUUGUGUCGGGUGCGUCUGUCUUCUGUUCUCCCACCUUUAACAUUUGACACCGCUCCUCGUCCCCAUGUUAGGACCAGCGUCACUCUGCACCUCGUUAAAGCACUGCUCGCCUUACUGGGUAGCACUUUCUGUGGAGCGUAGAGUUAUCACACUUGAAAGGGACCAAAAAGUCAUUUCAACCAACCUCACGCUGCAAGGCUGGAUACCCCCUUUCCCAACCCCCCCCCCAAUAGAUGGACCUACGAAAAACAGUCUACAAAGUGCCAUAAGCAUAAACGCAGGCGUACCGCUGGAGAGCGCUCGUUGAGCAAACAGUUGUUAGAGUAAUCACAGAAAGAAUCGAGCUCCGUGUUGCACAGAGGGCUACAACUAAUCCCCUUAGAUUACCUGGAGGAAAUUCUUCCCUGAUCUCAAAAGUGGUCACUACUCAGACCUUAAGUGCAAAUAAAGCCCAACUCGGCAGGAAGGAAAAUUGAACCGGGUGCAGACCACCUGUUCCUCAUCGAGAUUAGGUUGUGAGGCCCCCACCUGUGGCAUCUGGACUAAGGUUGUAAGUAUUGUCGAAGGUUACUUGUUUACAUGUGUUUAAGUUAAGCUAGCUAGGUCCCUGGUCUGUCGUCCGGUGAUCUCAUGCAACAACUAGUUUUGCCAAACCUAGCAUAGCUUCAUGUCACAUAUAAUUUAACAAUAGAUAUAUAUAGAUAUAUAUAAAUAGUUGUUUUUAACAGGAGGCCAAUGUUGCCGCCAGAAAUCUCUUUAAGCUAAACCAGUGUUCUAACAAGCAGGGGCUGCUGUAUUUUUAAACCACUUCUAAAAAAUUCUUGUGAAUUUAUUACUGCUACUGGUUAUUGGGAUUUGGCGAUUCCCAAAUAGUGGGCGUGGACCUGUCUGUGAGCCAUAAUAGGCUAGUGAUUGGGCUACCAAAUUGCAGUCCAGGGCCAUUAAUGUGUAUCCGCCGCAAAGAGGGAAUUCCAUUUCUAGACGAGCAAAAAUGGCAUCUGACUAAAAUCACAGUUCCAUCAAUGAAGCUGUUGAGCUGUUCUACGUUUU